AUGGUUAUGCCUGAUCUUGUUGACCCUGUUCAGUCUGCUUUUGUCCAAGGUAGGAGAAUUUCUGAUAAUAUCUUUCUAUCCCAAGAGCUAAUGAGGGGGUAUCAUAGGACUUCUUCAUCUCCUAGAUGUGCUAUGAAAGUGGACAUUAUGAAGGCCUCUGAUAAUGUUAGGUGGGAUUUUAUGAUUGAUGUUUUGAAAGUUAUGGACUUCCCCCAUCAAUUCAUUCACUGGAUUCAGGCGUGUAUGACUAGUCCUUCAUUUUCUAUCUGCAUUAAUGACAGCCUGCAGGAGGGGAUAUUUUUACUACCCAUGUUGUUAAGGAGGGCCUUGAUGAGUUCCAAGCUCUAUCUGGCCUUUCUCCUAGCCCUAAUAAAAGUCGUGUUCUUUUCCGGGUGUGAGAAAAAGUUGAGGGAUGAGGUUAUGGGAAUUUUAAAAUUCCCUGAAGGCUUUCUCCCUGUUAGAUAUCUUGGGGUUCCUCUUAUAUCUACCAAGCUUAAAGCUUCUGAAUGCCUGCAACUUGUUGAGAAAAUCACAAAGAGGAUAAAGUGUUGGACUAAUAAAUGUCUCUCCUUUGCUGGGAGGUUGCAAUUGAUCCAAUCUAUCCUCUUUUCUAUGCAGGUUUAUUGGAGUUCUCUUUUUAUACUCCCUAAAAAGGUUGUGAAAGAUAUUGAGGGUGUUUUCAGGGCAUUUCUUUGGUUUGGGAGUGAGCUUAAGAAGUAUGGUGCGAAGGUGUCUUGGGAUAAAGUGUGCUCCCCUAAAAAGGGGGGGGAUUUAGGUCUUAAGUCUAUGGGGGUGUGGAAUAAGGCAGUCAUUGCUAAACACAUAUGGUUCCUUUUCUCUGGUGGUGAGCGAUCUAUGUGGUGCCAAUGGGUCAAGUCUUACCUUUUAAAGGGUAGAAGUUUUUGGAAGGUUAAAGUUCCUACUGAUUCAUCUUGGGUUUGGAGGAAAAUUUUAGGUCUUAGACCUAUUAUUUAUCCUUAUAUGAAAUACAGUGUGGGGGAUGGUAAUAGUGUUUUCUUUUGGUUUGACAAUUGGCAUCCUCUUGGAUCUUUAUGGGCUAAAUUUGGGGACAGGAUCAUGUAUGACACUGCUGUGAAUUUUAGAGUGAGUAGGAUCAAUUCUAAUUCUUCUUGGAGGUGGCCUACUUCCAUCCCUGUGGACAUAUGUGACCUGAUCCAAUCCACCCCUCAGGCUCUUAUCCCUAGGUCUAGCCCUGAUAAGCUGAUGUGGACUCUGUCUACUGAUGGGCUGUUCUCUAUCAAAUCUGCUUGGAAUGCUUGGAGAGUCUCCUUUGAGAAAGUUGAGUGGUCUAAUUUGGUUUGGAGUGCUGUGACUGUUCCUAAGGCUAGCUUUAUUACUUGGUUGGCCAUCCAGAAUAGAUUGAAUAUGGGUGAUAGGCUGAAAUUGUUUGGUAAAUUGGUUUAUAUCAGUUGCUGGCACAGUUGUAGGGAGUUCUUUGGUGAGAGCCUAGUUGUAUUGAUGCCUCUGCUAGAAUUGAGGGCAGUUCAUUUUGGUGCUGGGCUUAUAUUUCAGCUAGGGGACUUGAUCAUUUAUAUUUGUCUUGAAGUGUUGGAGAUUGUCAGUGGGCCAGGCAGCACUUUUCUGCACCAAUUCCAACACAUAUCUGCUGUCAUGCCAGGUGAGGAAGCAGUUUACGAUGGUGAAAGUUAUCCCGAAGGCAACCAAGAUGAAAUGUUGGAGCCGUGGUUCACUUGA